AUCGGUUCACUCUCAAUCAUCACUCACUCUCUUUCAUUGUUCAUGGGUAUUAAUAGUUAGUGUGUUUUAUACAUUUAUUCACUCUAUAUCCUGUACCCGAGCUUUAAUUUACCUAGUAUACCAUCCUAUCUGAACAUCAUUACGGUCCCAGGCCCUCGUCAUGAAGUCGCUCUCCCUACUGGCGCUCGCCGCCAUCGCUCCUCCAGCGGCUGUGGCUGCUGUAGUAGACCACCAAGUUCCCUUUGAGAACAGGCCCGUGCAAGGGCUUCCAGAGAAAUUCUUAAUCCAGCUCGGACCCGAACAGACAAGAUGGGUGACAGAAGACGAGAAAUGGGCCUUGAAAAUGGAAGGAGUAAACUUUUUUGACAUCACGGCCGAGCCAGACAGAGGGUUCUCUGUUAAGAGCCACGAGCGUAUCCAAGUUAGCUUUCCAUCGGAAGUCAAACACCAAACGGAACUGGCGCCUCUGCUAGAGCAACUGUCCAAGGAUAAUAUGCGCCAGAACCUUGUUCACUUUACCUCUUUCCAUACCAGAUACUACAAGUCGGAAACUGGUGUUCAGUCGGCAACUUGGCUGUUUGAACAGGUGGAGGAGGCCAUCCAGGAUUCUGGCGCUGCUCAACACGCCGUCAAAGUCGAAAGGUUUGAGCACUCAUGGGGCCAAUUCAGUAUUAUUGCAACUAUCCCUGGAAGGACGAAUAAGACUGUGGUCAUCGGCGCUCACCAGGACAGUAUCAAUCUGUUCCUGCCAUCGAUCCUUCCCGCGCCUGGUGCAGACGAUGAUGGUAGUGGAACUGUGACUAUCCUCGAGGCCUUCCGUGUUCUGCUGCAGUCAGAGGCGGUUCAGCAGGGCAACGCUGCCAACACCAUUGAGUUCCAUUGGUACUCCGCUGAGGAAGCUGGCCUUCUUGGCUCCCAGGCAAUAUUCUCGGACUACAGUAAGACUGGCAGAGACAUUAAGGCCAUGCUGCAACAGGAUAUGACUGGUUAUGUCGAGGGCACAACUAAAGCUGGUGAGGUAGAGUCCGUAGGUGUUAUCACCGAUUUUGUCGACCCAGGUUUGACAGAGUUCAUCAAACGUGUCAUUACAGGGUACUGUACCAUUCCGUUCGUCUUGACACAGUGUGGUUAUGCCUGUUCGGACCACGCUUCGGCCAGCCGAUAUGGAUACCCGUCAGCAUUCGUCAUUGAGUCAGAAUUUAAGCGCUCCAACCAGCGGAUCCACACAACGGGAGACACUGUUGAUCUUUUGAGCUUUGACCACAUGCUACAGCAUGCAAGAAUGACGCUUGCUUUCGCGUAUGAGCUUGCAUUUGCAGAGCUGUAGACUCCAUUGACCUUUUUGCGUGCUCCAAAUUUGCCCGGACACAGGUUUGUUGGGCAUCCUAUGAUCUCUAUGUUUCUGUUUGUGCGAGUUUCUUUGGCUGGAAAUGAUCAUCAUGCCCUAGAGUAUAAACACCCAUAAGCCUAUCGAUGAUGCUAAGAUUCACC